AUGUCUUUAACAAGUAAAGGACGUGGUUUUACAUUGCCUUUGGAAAUAUCUGCUCAAGAAGAUUCAUGGUUUAAAGGUUUAGUGGUUUCAAGACCUAUGAAAGACAUGCUAUCAAAAGAGAUUGGAAUUUAUAAUCAUUUUCUUGAAUUGGAUAUAAUCUUUACUCCAACUCUAACAACCAUGAAAACAUCAUCUAAAGCAAGCAUAGAUAAAUUAACUGAAGAUUUUAUUGUUGGAUUAGAAAAGGAAUAUCCGUCAACUGUAAGUACAAUCAUUAGAACUGCAGCUAAACUUAAUACAUCAAAUUCCAUUGAUCCAGACAAUCAUGUUGAUAAAUCUUUUUCAUCGUGUUGUUCAAAUAUCAACGCAAACAACAGUUCAACAGAUUUAAAUGUUGUUGAUAUUAACGAUUUGAUUUGUUAUUCAUGUCGUGUUAAUCUUCGAGAUGUUAACAAAUCCAUUACUUUGCCGCCAUACAUCACUGAAGAAGCUGAAAAAAACUCGAGGCGAAACGAUUUAUAUAAACAAAUCGAGAAUUUCAUGUUAACUGAUGAAAGCAUACAACUUUUUUGGAAAACAUUACUUGACUCAGACAGCUUGGUGCAAAAUAACAUUCUUUCACUUCCAAAUGGCAUUUCCUUUUUAUUCUGGAAACAACAAUCCUACCUUAUUAGAAAGAGCAUAGGAAAGACAUACUUUGGUCUUUACUUGUUUUAUCAUUUUGCAAAAUUAAAAAAAGAAAUAAUUUAUCAACAUUUCAACUAUCCAGAAAGUGUUUAUUAUUUUUCAUCAAAAGAAUGUAAAGUUUUUGAGGGGAAAACUCUGAAAGAAUUUGCCAUGGUGUUAAACCUGGAAUCAACAAUAUACAUAGUUGAUGGUAUGAUACCUACAAAUUAUUCUGCAACAACAAUAGUUCUUACUUCACCUAAAAGAAAGAUAACAAAGGCUAUAAAAAAACUGCGGACAUGGGAAUCUUAUUACAUGCCAACAUGGUCAAUAAGUGAAGUAGAAGAUGCCUGCAAUUCAUUAUAUUAUUCUAGAUCUAUAAAUGAUGCAAAAGAGAUAUAUGAUUUUUGUGGAGGCAUAGCUCGUUAUAUUUUUGAAUGGAAAAAGGAAAAAACUCUUCAAGAAAUGGAGAGUGCAGUUAAAACCUGUGACCUUGAUAAGAUAAUAAAUUUUAUUGGUGAUACUGAUGCACCUCAUGAUACUUCUCACAUGAUAAUGCACAUGGUAGUAGACCCUCAAACUUUUCAACAAUACAAAGUUCAAUUUGCCUCUUCUAUUAUCAGAGAAAAAAUAUAUCAAAGAUUUCUAAAUGAACAAAAGUUUUCAUUACAUAAUUUUUUAAAAGCAUGUGAAGAUGAAUCAGUUGCAGGUGGUAUCCAUGGUAAUCUAUUUAAAGAAUUUUCACAUAAAAUGCUAAAGGGUGAUAGAAAAUAUGAAAUAAAAUUAUUAGAGUCAGAAGAAGGAAAUCCACAAAGAAAAAAACUUGAACUUAACAGUGGAGCAUCUGCUUCUUUAAUUAGUGAAUUAAAUUUGACUGUGAAAGGAAUCUUUAAGUUUUCAAAGCUUGAACAAAUAACAACAGAACAUCAAGGAACUAGAUCUUCAAAUCACAGACUUUUCCAAAUGACAAUUUCAAAUUUACAUCCCAUUAAACAAAAUAAAGUUAACAAAUUAAUUAAACAUCUUAAUGAACUUCAGAAUGAAACAAAAGAGGCAGAACUAUAUUUUGCAGUUCCAGAUGAAAUUUAUUUAACCUUUAAUAAGCAGAAGUUCCAAACAAAACAAAGAAAUGAUGCAAAAGAACACCACCAAUUAGCCUAUGAAAAGUUUACAAAAUUAUUUGAAGGAAACCCUAAAUAUAAAGUAUUAGAUGUGGUUAGUAAAAUACCUUUUCUUUCUAUCUCUGAGGAAUUAUUAAAAUGCUUAAAAGAAAGUUUAAUUAGUGAAUUGGUUGUUGAAGUUUGCACUUGGAAUUUAG